GGACAAUGAGUUCAGGACUGAAGCUGUGGUGAUCUGUCCAAAAUGAACCGAAACCGCUACACACUUCAGGAACCUGAUGUUAAAGACUAUCUGGUGAAAGGAGACAGGUUCACAAAAUGGAAAGAAGACUCCAAGAAAACCACACCGGUCACCAUGAAGAUGGACCCGAAAGGAUUUUACCUGUACUGGAUCAAUCAGAGCAAGGAAACUGAGUUUUUGGAUAUUGCCACCAUCAGAGACACAAGAUCUGGAAAAUAUGCCAAACUCCCUAAACAUCCAAAGGUUCGUAACAUCUUCAACAUGGAUUUUCCUGACAGUCAUCAUCUGGCCAAAGCGCUGACCAUCGUGACGGGGCCCGACACCGUCAACCUCACAUAUCACAACUUCUUUGCUGCUAAAGAAGUGGCUCAGACGUGGGCUGAUGACAUCCUGGCUAUAGCAUAUAACACAAUGAGAGCAAACGCCUGCAGACAGGUCUUUCUGGAGAAACUGUAUGUCCGCCUCUCAUUGCAGACCAACAAAGACGGAAAAAUCCCUGUUAAAAAUAUCUUUAAGAUGUUUCCAGCAGACAAGAAAAGGGUGGAAGCUGCUCUGUCUGCAGCAAAUCUCCCGAAGGGAAAGUUUGACACCAUUAAGACUGACGUGUUCACUGAAGCAGCGUACAAGACCUUCAUACUGAAUCUGUGUCCCAGACCUGAAAUCAAUGAAAUCUUCACAUCCUUCACCAAAGGAAAGGGUUUCAUGACGAAGGAGAUGCUGGCCAAGUUCCUGAACGAGAAACAGCGAGAUUCCCGUCUCAAUGAGGAGCUGUUUCCACCCGUCAGACCCGAUCAGGUGAAGAAUCUCAUAGAGAAAUAUGAGCCGAGCUCAUCCAACGCCAGCCGCGGUCAGAUUUCUCCAGAUGGUUUGAUGUUUUACCUGAUGGGAUCUGAAACGUCAGUGGUGAAACUGGACAAACUGGCCCAAAGUCAUGAUAUGGCCCAACCAAUCACACAUUACUUUGUCAAAUCCUCCCACAACACCUAUCUCACAGCGGGGCAGCUGACGGGAGUGUCGUCUCCUGAGAUGUACCGCCAGUGUCUCCUCGCCGGGUGCCGCUGUCUGGAGCUCGACUGCUGGAAAGGGAAACCGCCGGAUGAAGAGCCAAUCAUCACCCACGGCUUCACCAUGACAACCGAGAUUCUCUUCAAGGACGUGAUUGAAGCAAUUGCUGAGAGUGCCUUCAAAACAUCCAAGUAUCCUGUCGUCCUUUCGUUUGAGAACCACGUUGAUUCAGUGAAGCAGCAGGAGAAGAUGGCCAACUACUGCAGGACGAUCUUUGGAGACGCUCUGCUCGUCGACAUACUCGACAAAUAUCCCCUCAAACCAGGUCACCCGGUGCCGAGUCCAUCUGAGCUGAUGGGUAAAAUACUGAUCAAGAAUAAGAAAAGCAGCGCACCCGCCAGCAAACCAGAACAGGCCAAGAAAGCGCCCGGUCCGGAACAAGCAAACGGAGCUGCUGACGAUUCUGAGUCCAACCAACCCGCCGAUCCAAACCAACCCGCUCCGGCAAACCCAGAGGGCAGCGACCCGCCGCAUGCAACCGACGACCGUGAAGAACAUGAUGACCACGAUGAACAGGACGAAGAGAAGAUGAAGAACUCUGAUGAGGGAACUGCUGGACAGGAAGUAACUGCCUAUGAAGAGAUGUCAGCUCUGGUCAACUACGUACAGCCCAACAAAUUCAUCUCGUUUGAGAAUGCAGCCAAAAAAAACAAGAGUUAUGUCAUCUCUUCCUUCGUGGAAACCAAAGGAGAGAGCUUGAUCGCUAAGAACGCUGUGGACUGGGUGGAAUAUAAUAAGAGGCAGAUGAGUCGUAUCUACCCUAAAGGAACCCGUGUGGACUCUUCAAACUACAGUCCGCAGCCCUUCUGGACCGCCGGCUGCCAGUUUGUGGCGCUCAACUACCAGACUAUGGAUUUCCCCAUGCAGCUGAACAUGGCUCUGUUUGAGUUUAACGGUAGGACGGGUUACCUCCUCAAACACGACGUGCUCCGUCGCAACGACAAGAAGUUCGAUCCUUUCACUGACAGGAUUGACACCAUCAUCGCCAGCACUCUCACCAUCAAGAUUUACUCCGGUCAGUUCCUGUCGGAUAAGAGCGUGAAAACCGGAGUGGAGGUCGAGCUCAUCGGUUUGCCCAAAGAUCCCAAACGCAAGUACCGCACCAAAUGGACCGCGACACCCAACGCCAUCAACCCCGAGUGGAACGAGGAGCCUUUUGUCUUUGAGAAGAUCUUGCUGCCGGAGAUGGCCUACCUCAGACUCGUGGUUCAGGAGGAGGGCGGCAAGUUCUUAGGUCACCGAAUCAUCCCUCUGGACGCUCUCCAGACAGGUUUUCAGCACAUCUGUCUGCGCAGCGAGAGCAACAUGCCGCUCACGCUGCCGUCUCUGUUCGUGCACAUCGAGGUGAAGGACUACAUCCCCGCUGCGUUCGCUGAUUUCUCGGAUGCACUUUUCAAUCCCGUGAAGACUUCAAAGCCACCGAAGACUGAGAGUUCAACAUACGUGUGUGAGUAUGAGUUACCUCUCGCUGGCGGCGCCCAGACAGCGGCAACUCCUGCACCUGCCGCAGAACCGAAGGCUGCAGAAGAAGCUCCAGCAUCAGUGACUCCAGCAGAGGGCGACGCUGCACCUCCGGCUGAGCAGCCUGAAGAGACUCCAGCUCCAGAACCACCCAAACCAGAGGAAAAACCAGAACCUGAGGCCAAACCAGAGGAAAAAACAGAACCGGAAGCCAAACCAGAGCCAGAACCCGAACCAAAACCAGAGGAAAAACCAGAACCAGAAGCCAAACCAGAGCCAGAACCCGAACCAAAACCAGAGGAAAAAUCUGAACCCGAACCAGAGCCUGAACCCAAAUCAGAAGAAAAUCCAGAACCUGCUGCAGCUGCAGAUGCUGUCGUCACAGAGACUAAAGAAUCCACUGAGGAAACCCCAUCUGAUCCAUCAGAUCCCACCACUGUGACCUGUGAUGAACUGCAGCAGCACAAGAACUUCCAGAAAGUCUCCAAGAAACAGGAGAAAGACAUGAAAGACAUGGAGAAGAAGUUUCAGAAGAAACGAGAAGAACUCAUUCAGAAAUACAGCGACCAGUUCAAAGCCCUGAAGAAGAAGAACGCGGGCAAGAAGUCUGGAGAUGAUUCAGGUGAUCAGAUGAAUGAACUCAAGCAGAAGAUGAAGUCGGAGCUCAGGGCGCUGCUGGUGGAGCAACAUGAUCAAAUCAAGAAGAAGAAAGAACAAAACAACACUGAGCGUUUGACCAAACUCCUGGAAAUGGCCACGGAGAAGCACUGCAGUGAGAUCAAGGCACUUAACAGUGAUUCCAAGAAGAAAGACAAAAUGAAGAAAUGCAAAAGUACGGAGCAGCUUGACAAUGAGUCAUCAGAUAAUGGAGGUGCUGAUGGUUCGCCGCAAGAACAGAGUCUGAGGAAGAAACAGGCCGCUACGCUGGCCAAAAUCAGAGAACUCAUCAGUCAGCUGAAUAAAGACGCCGUGGCCGAACACGCAAAGAAGAUGUGGUCUCUGCCCGGUGACCUGUCCGAGGCCGUCAACUCCUGCGUCAAGCCGCAUUUCCCGGAGCAUGUGGAGAAGGCCGGGGAGAAAAGCACCGAAAAUGCGGGACAGUACAGCCACGUGUUUGUAGGAUGAAUGACAAAUAGGAGUUCAAAUGAGCUCGACAUUAAUAUUUAUCAUUUUAAUUUAUUUGACACUUGUUUACAUUUUAGUAUAUACUGUGUUCUUCUCAUUAGGUAAGACAAAACUAAGGAUAUGUUUGCUUUCAUGCAAAUUAGUACUCAACCUCAAUACAAAUCAGGUGAAAAUUAGUGUAAAAAAUGAAAAAUCUCAUAAAAAACUGUCAAGAUCACAUAGGAAAUUAUAGAUGUUUUAGAACAUUGUUUUUUUCCAUUGUGACUUACAUUUUAGAUUUUUUUCUGCCAAAUUCUCAUUACUAUGAUUCAAAAAUAAAUAUAUAUAA